AUGGUUCAAUAUUGUUUUAUAUGCAAAUGGAGAGCUGAUAAAGAACCGCGAAGAUCUUUUCACAAAUUUCCGUCGAAAGAAUCAGAAAAACAAAAAUGGCUAAGCAUUAUUGGAAAAAGUGGUGUGAAUAUAGGUAAACGGACAUCAGUCUGUUCAAUUCACUUCGAGAAGUGUUGUUUUCGGUAUGGAUUAGUCAACAACAGAGAAAUACUCAAACCUGAUUGUGUUCCAUCUUUACAUUUGACUAAAGCAAUAGAAACUUCAAAACCAUUAAUGGAUAUCCCACCUGAGCUUUCUAUACCUGAGUCAUCUCUACAAGAUUGUAUUGAUGAAAACUAUAGUGACAUUUCAGCAAGUACAUAUGACGAAUUACAAUCAAAUGAUGUAUCAAUGACUUCAACAAAAAAUUCAGACGUUUCACCAUCUUUGGUAGUUGAUAGCAAUGACGCCUCUCAUAAAAAGACUCGUGAGUCGGCAAUAAGAAGAAAUAAUAGAACGGUUGUCUGUCCUGAAUGUAGCACGGAUAUAAAUGUCGAAGAUAAACAGAAAGAAAAAACAAACGCAGUGCUAGUGAACGCAUACCAGUACUUCGCUAAUGAGUGUCCGGAGUUGACGCGCGCACAGCUCCGACAGCGCACGGCUCAGUGCACCGGCGCCAACGAGGCCGACGUGGAGUGCGCACUUAGAAUACACUGGUCGCAGAAUGCAGACUCGGACACACCAUAUGGACCGUCUCAUAAACGUCGAAGAAUACAAAACCAAGACCAUGGUGAAGAAUCUCAGACUCUGUAUGUAGAAGUGGAAGUACAGCCGGGCGAAUAUGAUGAAGACAGUGAGGAGGAUCCCCUAUCCUCGGAGGACGAGGACAUCAAGCCUGAUGUGACGGAGACCUGCAUACAACAAACUACUUUUAUAGUGAGUGAAGAUAUCAAAAAAGAAACUGUAGAAUCAGAAGACGGUGUCAGUUAA